CGUCGCUUCGUGUUUACGUCAGCCCCCUCGCGCCAUCUUUCAGCCGGCUCGAGAGGAACACGUUGCUGAAAAUAGUUAUAACUUUUUCUGUCAAUAUUUCGCGUCUAAACGUCGUUUUCCUCCUGUUGUUUCUCCAACCGAGUAACGGGAGUAGAAGAGGGCUCCACGGGUGCUAGCGUCCAUCAUUCCAGCCUCCCACCAUGGCGGAUAAAAACACCAGAAUCGCCAUCGUCAACCACGACAAAUGCAAACCCAAGAAAUGCCGUCAGGAGUGCAAGAAGAGCUGCCCGGUGGUCCGCAUGGGUAAGCUGUGUAUCGAGGUGACUCCCCAGAGUAAGAUUGUCUGGAUCUCAGAGUCUCUGUGUAUAGGCUGCGGCAUCUGCAUCAAGAAAUGUCCGUUCGGAGCGCUGUCGAUCGUCAACCUGCCGAGCAACCUGGUGAAGGAAACCACACACCGAUACUGCGCCAACUCCUUCAAACUGCACAGGCUGCCGAUCCCUCGACCCGGUGAGGUUCUCGGUCUGGUCGGGACCAACGGUAUCGGGAAAUCCACGGCUCUGAAGAUCCUCGCUGGAAAACAGAAACCAAACCUGGGCCGAUUCGAUAACCCCCCCGACUGGCAGGAGAUCCUGACUUACUUCAGAGGCUCCGAGCUGCAGAACUACUUCACCAAAAUCCUGGAGGACGACCUGCGGGCCAUCGUCAAGCCGCAGUACGUCGACCAGAUCCCCAAAACCGUCAAGGGGUCAGUAGGCUCCAUCCUGACCAGGAAAGACGACACAGACACACAAACCAUAGUCUGCGCCCAGCUAGAUCUGAGUCACCUGCGGGAGAGGAAUGUGGAGGAUCUGUCGGGCGGGGAGCUGCAGAGGUUCGCCUGCGCCGUGGUCUGCAUCCAGAGAGCCGACAUUUUCAUGUUUGACGAGCCGUCCAGCUACCUGGAUGUGAAACAGAGGCUGAAGGCGGCCAUCACCAUCCGCUCUCUCAUCACCCCCGACAGGUACAUCAUUGUGGUGGAGCACGACCUGAGUGUGUUGGAUUACCUGUCGGACUUCAUCUGCUGCCUGUACGGAGUCCCGAGCGCAUACGGGGUUGUCACCAUGCCCUUCAGCGUCCGAGAGGGCAUCAACAUCUUCCUGGACGGUUACGUUCCCACGGAGAAUCUGCGGUUUAGGGAAACUUCGCUCGUCUUCAAAGUCGCCGAGACGGCCAACGAGGAGGAGGUGAAGAGACUCCGGCAUUACCAGUACCCGUCCAUGGUGAAAACGAUGGGGGAGUUCACUCUGGAGAUCAAAGCCGGAGAGUUCACCGACUCUGAGAUCAUGGUGAUGCUGGGGGAGAACGGCACGGGGAAGACCACCUUCAUCAGGAUGCUGGCUGGAGGACUCAAACCUGACGGUGGAGGAGAGAUCCCCAUCCUGAACGUCAGCUACAAGCCUCAGACCAUCAGCCCCAAAUUCAAGGGCAGCGUCAGAGCUCUGCUGCACGAGAAGAUCCGGGACGCCUACACACACCCUCAGUUCAUCACCGACUGCAUGAAGCCGAUGCAGAUCGAAAGCAUCAUCGACCAGGACGUGCAGAACCUGUCUGGAGGUGAGCUGCAGAGAGUGGCUCUGACUCUCUGUUUGGGGAAACCGGCCGACGUUUACCUGAUCGACGAGCCGUCGGCUUACCUGGACUCGGAGCAGAGGCUGAUGGCUGCCAGGGUCAUCAAGAGGUACAUCCUCCAUGCCAAGAAGACGGCCUUUGUGGUGGAGCACGACUUCAUCAUGGCGACGUACCUGGCCGACCGAGUGAUCGUAUUCGACGGGAUCCCCUCCACACACACCUACGCCAACACGCCUCAGGGGCUGCUGGCUGGCAUGAACCGCUUCCUGUCGCUGCUGGAGAUCACGUUCAGACGAGACCCCAACAACUUCAGGCCUCGCAUCAACAAAGCCAACUCCAUCAAGGACACCGAGCAGAAGAAGAGCGGAAACUACUUCUUCCUGGACGACUAAAACCACUUCCUGCGUGACCAACCGUGACUUCCUGCGGCGCUUCAGAAGCUGAGCAAAGCCGUUUGAAUCUCAGCGACGAGUACAAGUUAAAUAAAAUAUAUCAUAAGAAACUUUGAAGAUUUAAAAACCCAUCGGCCUUUUAUUGUUCCUGGGCUGCGUUCAAGAGCCAGCGCUGUUGUAAAACGCUUCUCAAGAAUAAGUGCAUUGCAUUCUGGGUCAUCCUGUCCGCAGCAUAUAUUUUAACUCAUGCAUUUACAACAAUAAACUGAUGCUACCUGA